CUGAUAAACACAUAUACAGAUUCAGGUCAACUUAUGUGCAUUUUAUGCAAAUUAAUUGUACGCAGCGAAACAGUUUGGCCUGUUCACUUAAAUUCCAAAAUACAUAGGGAAAAUGUAAUAUUAGCAAAAACAACCAAAUUGGAAACAGAAAGCACUACAAGGUUAUCUAACAUUUUACCAUUCAAAAGAUCUGCUUCUCCAUCUCAAGAUAUUUCUGUUAACAAAAAAAUAAAAGGAAUAUUGAAAAAUUUUAACUUGUCAGAAGUGCAAACAAAGUCGAACUUACCAAUUGAUUCUUUUCAUAAUAAUUUAAAGCAAAUGAAUAGUCUAUCUAUGCAAAAAAUUGAGAACAAAGAUUCUACAGCUAGUACAGCAGAUAUACAGCAUAUGGAGGUAGAAGAAGAGAAAGCAAAGGAUACGAAUCCAACUGUUCUUCCAGAAGGAUUUUUUGAUGAUCCAGUAAUGGAUGCUAAAGUAAGAUUAACGUAAAUAUAACAAUACUAAAGUAAAUGUAGCAAUACACAACCCUAUA